CAGCAUUAAUGUUUAGCCUGAUGUUAUUGUUGAUUAUAUGUUAUGUUAAAUUGGCAAACAUGUACUUGAAAGAUUCAUCUUUAUUCCGUCUAUUGUUCACACUUCGCUAUUUUGUAAGACAAAACUGCUGUAUCCGAAUGUUGUACACUUAGUGAGAAGAUUGCUUUUUUAGGCUUUUUGGGCCUUAUAAACAGAUUGUUAUCUAAUGAUUUAAGAUAUCACUUCUGCUAACAUGUUUAAAUUAUUUCAAAAUGGAAAUGAUUGUCUAUUAGGCUUAUUUAUUCGGUAAUUAAUGUUAUUUUCGCUAAUUUAAUUUACUUCCGGGUUUUGUUAAGCGGUGUUAGGGUAACUUUCUCCCUAGCAACUGUAGAACGUUAAAAUAUCAGUGUUUUUGACGAUUUUCUGGCAAUAUGAGUCUGAAGAGGAGUUAUAAUAACGCAAUGGCUGAACCACGACGAGGCAAGAUGUAUUCAUGUGUUCAUUGUGAAGCGGCUGGAAAGAAAUACGUAGAAGCUCGCUACAGAGUGACUGCUCACAUCUACAAGCACCAUUUCGCACUUGACAAAGCACCAUUUUACUGUACUUUGUGUUUAUUGAGGUGCUCUACUAAGUCUGCCUUAAUCAACCACGUAUCUAAGUAUAGCAGGCAUCGUUUGGCAGCUGCUGAGCAUCGCACGGAUGACAGGAGGUAUCUUGUGGAAAAUCCACGCCCAGCACUAGUUGAACUAGGUAAGGAUCUAAGAGAAUUAUCAUCCCUAGAGGCUUCUCUACACAACAGCAAAGAAAACACAGGUAGCUCUUUAGGAUGGGAAGAUGACCAAGUUCCUUUAAGGUCACCAUCAAUCGUCAGCCAAGCACCUUUAAUGUCACCUCCUACAACUAGCCAAGCACCUGUUAACCAACAAUCUGGAAGUGGUCUCAUCAAUAUUCAGUUAACUCCAGAAAUGCUUGAAAAAUUUCUUCAGUGUCAACAAACACCAGUUAAUAAUUCCCAUCAGAAAAAUACUAUGGAUAAUUCUACCAUCAAUAUGACAACAGGGGCAAUGUAUAGCCCAAGUACAACAUCAACACAAGUGUAUAUUCCUACACCAAUUGUAAAGGACAAUAAAACUAAGGGAAAUCAACAAAAUGUUUUAUACAAUGUGCCUUCAACAGAUAAUGUCUCUUCAACUAAAAAUAGAAGUCAACAUGUGGGUUCCUUACUGAACACACCUGAAAUAAAUCAGUCUACUACUGAAGACAUACUGCCAGGUCUACUCGGGAUCAACGACAACACUGAGUCAGAAUACGAAUUUGGGUUUAAUCAUAACUGGCUUGAAAUUGAAGCAGGUGCUCAAACUGAAAAUGGUAAUUUAAAUAGUGAUUCUGGUAAUGUUGAAGAUCCUCUUGUUGGAACAUCAAGAGUAGAGGUUGCCACCCAAGUUGAGCUGACGUCAAACGUCGAACCGGCAACAAAACGACCUAGAAUUGAUGAUACAGUAACCAAUGAAGAAAAGCAGGACUUUAAACUAGCAAAAGUCAUUGAAAGUGUAAUUGAAAGUGGGGUGAAGCAAUUAACUGACGCAUUUGAGAAAAACAGCAGAGCUGUGAGAGGUGUUGACAAAACUUUAGGUCAGUUGAUGGAAGUUAUGUCAAAAAUGAAUCGAACACUGGAAAGGAUGGGCGAAGAGCAGAGACGAGAGCAUGAGAGGCGUAGGGAAGAGGGUCAAAAUGAGUUAUCAGUGAAGCGUGCAGAUGAAAACAGGAAGGAGAAAUCAAGAAAGAGUGAGGAGACGAGUAGGAGAGAGGAUUAUUCGAAGAAAGAGGGAAAGGAAAAUAGAACAUUAAAAUCUAUCGUGAAUAAAGUGUAAAAAAAUAGAAGUUGGAGAAAUGACAGUUAAAAGUAUUACAGAUUUAAGUAAAAUGUGCUAAACAGGGUUCUUUAAAAGAAAUGAUGCUUUAUUUAAUAGGUUAAGAUAGAUUACUAUUGAAUUAUUGUGUGUAUUAAAAAUAGGAAUAAUUUUUCUUAAAGAGUAUACAUGAUUGUAUUUACUAUUUUUUUUAAUUUUAACUCAAAGAAACUUUGUCUUAAACUCUUUUUGAGUAAGAGUUAUGUAUUAGUGCUUUACUAAGUGUUUAAUUAAAGAUGAACAUUAGUUUUAAAGAUUAAAUUAAUGCAAUUGAGCAUUAAGUUUCUGCAUAAUGUGCAAUAGACUCGAAAGAAUUUUUGCAAUUUAGGAGUAUUUUCAUUACUCAUGGUGCUACAAGAUGUACUUUGUAGGAUUUGACGAGAAUUGUUUGUAAAGGUUAAAUGCAUUGUUUAAUGCUAGCAUUUUUUAACUUUAAAUGUUUAAUUCACAUGUUGUAAGUUCGAAUUGUUACAUGACAAAAUUGUUCAAUUGUUAAGCUGUUAUUAACUUGAUUUUCCUUUGAUCAUCAAUGAUUUUACAUUUUUUAACUUUUUGCUUUAAAGAUGAACUGCUAAGAUGUAAGUCACUUUUCUUAAAGGUGAACAGUCAAGUUUUAAGUUAAAGAUGAACAGUCAAAUAUUUAAAGUAAUGUGUAAGGCAAAAUAUUGAAUGUGUGAUAGCAGUUAUUUAUUAUUCAUAGUAUAGUAAAUUACUUGUGCAUAUCUUGUUAUUUAACUGUUAAGUCUAGUCAUAUUUAUUAUUUAUUGUCAGUCGGAGCUUUGACAUAGAAAGAAGGGGGUGAUGAGAUGCCCCAGCAUUAAUGCUUAGUCUGAUGUUAUUGUUGAUUAUAUGUUACGUUAAAUUGGCAAACAUGUACUUGAAAGAUUCAUCUUUAUUCCGUCUAUUGUUCACACUUCGCUAUUUUGUAAGACAAAACUGCUGUAUCCGAAUGUUGUACACUUACUGUUUUUUUAGGCUUUUUGGGCCUUAUAAACAGAUUGUUAUCUAAUGAUUAAAGAUAUCAUUUGUGCUAUCAGGUUUAAAUUAUUUCAAAAUGGAAAUGAUUGUCUAUCAGGCUUAUAUAUCCGGUAAUUAAUGUUAUUUUCGCUAAUUUAAUUUACUUCCGGGUUUUGUUAAGCGGUGUUAGGGUAACUUUCUCCCCAGCAACUGUAGAACGUUAAAAUAUCAGUGUUUUUGACGAUUUUCUGGCAAUAUGAGUCUGAAGAGGAGUUAUAAUGUAAGAUUCCAUUUGUCUUUGAUAUAUUUUUGUCAUAUAGAUUAAGUUUUAUUACUUUUUGGUUAUAUUUAUGGUAUAAAUAUGGAAUUUGACAUCGAUUUCUGGUUGCCAGUGCAUAAAGUUUUUUCGUGCACUUGUCAUCCAAUGGCGUUCAUGUAUUGUACACUUAAUAUUUUGCGUGCUGUGCACAUUUUGUGUACAAGCACUUAUUUUUUGUGCACACACAAACUAUUUUUGUGCACAGUCCUUGGGUAUAUAAACUGAUUGUUCCCGUCAUUCGGGGUCUCCACAACUUAGAAACAUCUAGGGUAAAUCUUUGUCAGAUUCCAUUCUCAAGCAACAAUUUGAACAAUCUUUGAUAAUUGUAAGGUUAACAUAAUAAUACAAUUUUUGAGUGAAUAGCAUUCUUUCAUAUUACAGUAUAAAUAAAUUAAAUAUAUCCUUGAGGCAUUUUUAAGUAAACUAUCUGUUAUAUUCUUGAUUUUCAUAAGUCUAGCAAGAUACAAGAUUUUUGUUGAAUUAUCAUUUGAGAUAUAAUAUCCCUACUCCCAUUUAGUCGACAGAUCUUAGUGAAUUUUUGCGUAGCUUUUUCGGGAUUUUCUUUCGUGCAAUAUAGUAUACAAGAGGUAUUAAUUUUUAUAUUUACAUUUCUUGACUUGUAUUUUGCAUUCAUUACAAUUGAUAUAUUUCCCCUUAUAACAUUGAAUAAAGAGAAAG